UCUUUUACCUUUUUUCCUUUUUAUUAUAUUUCACCAGUUGUUCGACCUACGAUGGACUUUGUUUCGGCCCCUCUACAGUCGCUACUAUUCAAGAAUGCCGAUAGUAAACAACUUCAAUCAUACCUGGAACAACUUUAUACACAAUUUGGGAAUAGUGUGGAUGAAAAAGAUCGGUUCGGCACCUUACAGAUCAUGCUUCCUGUGCUCCGUGCUCACCUCGACCAAGCAACAAACAAGCGCGACAUUGAACGUUGCUUGACUACAAUUCUUCGCCCACUUAUUUUGUCGACUUUGGCUCACGAUUCCAUGGUUUCUACAGAAAGCGUUUCGUUGGUAGCAAAGUCAGCUGCUCAUUUUGCUGUUCUGUCACUAACGGCCUGUUAUCAACAACAAAUCAAUCAAGAUAUGGGUGAACAUAUAGAGGACACAUUUGAUCAGACAACAGGAGAAGAACAGGUGCUAGACUAUGGAUUUGGAUAUCAACUUUUACAAACAGUUAUAGGUCAACUUGUAUUGGUCAUGGAUAUUGAACCUGAUUUUGUGGACUUGAAGCCAUUGGAAUUUAUCAGUGAUACAGUGCAAGAACAAAAGACAAAAAAAGAUUUAUGGAACGACAUACAAGAAAAAGUUAACAAAUUGAAACAAACCUGCCAUCGUCAACAUAAAUCUAGGAUAUCUAUGCUUCAAGACGAUGAUGAUACGGAUGAUAAUAUCAGCAACAGCAGUCUUUAUAACGGUGGUGGUGAUAACGAGAGUGCCAUUAGCAGUAUUUCUUUCAAUACAACGAUGUCAAUGGCAACGAAAAUGACCUUGUCGGAUUUUACAACAAUGGGAUUAUUGGAUCUAGAAUGUUGCUUGGAUUUGAUGUUACGAUUUGUUCAAGAAGCAUUAUUUUAUUAUCAGCAAAAGCAUCAGGAAAAUCGUGAUGAGGAUGAAUUAUUACAGUCAUGGGUUGAUCUCAUUUUGGACGUGACAGUGGCAAUGUUACCUUGUACAAACGUGGCUAUUCGAUCAAAAUUGGUGAAUGAUCUGUUACCUGCUCUAUUUUGUUGGAAACAAUGGACUCUCAAGGAUAAAGCAAGUCUUAGUACCAUUUGUCAGAUGCUCUGGAAUCGUACUCUUCAAAUAUUUGGUCUCCCUGCUACAAAUUUGUUAAGGUCAGAAACAUAUGGACUUAUCGCCAAGUAUUUUGAUUUUUACUUCGGAUUGGACGCGAUAUCGUUAAAAAAUGACUCUCCUAUUGUCUAUUUGGAUCUUCGUUUUAAGGAUGACUUUUUUAUGAUAUUGCAGAGUGGUCUCCGCAGUGAUGACUCCUUAGCUCGCAAAUAUACAUCUUUUAUCUUGAAAAGAGUCAUUGAUUUUUCCAAAAGGUAUUCAAAAAUUAUUGACAAUGACACGACAAAUCAGCACAGUUGGACAAAAUAUUUUGAGUGGUCGAUGGACAAAUCAGAUGAAUACACCAAUUUGUGGGAUGAUUGGUUUUUAUUGUAUGAUACUAUGCAUGAAACAGUAGUUCAUUUAGUGGAGCCAGUUUUACCGCGAUUUGAAUCACUAUUAUGCUCCACAUCAUUACAUUUGGAUGCUUCUUGGUGGACUCUCUUACUUUAUCGUGGAUUCAACAAUGAAACUAGCAAUGUACAAAAACUCAUUUGGGAAUAUCUAUUUGCUCGCCAAAACACGAAUACUUUGAAUCAAUUGGUUUCACAACAAGAUUUCUUUUUUGGAUCACUUUUGAAAUCCCUCGACAAUACUUCUAUCUAUUCAGUCAAUAGUCAAGGAACUUUAGUUAGUCCAUUUGGGGAACGAUUGAAGCUAUUUAUCAGUCACAUUAUUCAAAACUUUAAAGAUGACAAUGCAAAGAAAAAAUUUAUUCGGCAAUUGAUUCAUCAUUUAGCACAUGUCAUCAGCAGUCAUAUCCUCAUACUCUAUAUUAUGGAAAGUUUGGCCGAAACAAAAUAUAUUGCAUGUUGGGGUGGUGAAGAACUCAAAUCUCUGCGUUAUCUGGUGGACAGACAUCGACACUUCAAUACUCCUAACAGGAAACAAUUCAUUCGAAAACUUGGUAUUGCUUCUUUGAUCCGUUUGGCUAAUCCUGCAACUCUUUCCUUCUCCGACAUCGCAAAGACAUCCUCUUCUCUAAUUGCCGAUUAUCCUUUAUCAUCUACUUCUGAUGAAUACCUGUGUCUCAAGUCAUGGUUGACUCAAAUGAUAUCCGGAGACAAGUCUCUUCAGACUAUGAUUGAAAAUCUUCGCGAGCGGGUGAAUACUUAUGUCUGUGAUGAUAUGUCUCAAGAUAUUCCUAUCGAAAUCCUUCGAAAUCAAGCAAACGUUUUGGCCAGAUCAUCUCUACUUCUGUCCAGUGAUGAUGAUGGAAAAGUAAACCCGAAUACCGUACAAUUUUUAUUCUCUGCAUUAUCUGAAAAACUCGAGGAUAAAAAUACGUCUAUGGCAACAUUCAAUCGACUUUUGGUUCUUUUAGACUCUUUGUGGAAAAACAUUGAAACAUGCUUCAAGACUUCACCAGAUGUAGUUACACUGAUGACAUGGUCAGAAUCACUAUGUAUUCAUAUACUUUCUCGAAUAGAAAGUCAGUUAAUCAGCGCCAACAAGGAAAACUAUGUCACAGAUGAUUCACUAGCUGAUUUAUUACUCUCUGUGAUGCGACUUAUUCUAUGCGAUACAACUGUCUUCCAGGAUAAUGAUAUGAAGUGUGAUAUACUCAGGAAAUAUUAUGGCGAUACAAUGGAAUUAUUAUGCAGCAAAAACAAAGAAUCAACAUCCAAAAGUGAAUUGGUCAAAUUUACUCGAUUGCGUCUACUGAGUACGCUCUAUCACAUGGCUAAUAAAUAUACUUUGAUUGACUUCAAAAUCGACUCUGCAACAAUCGCCAUUAUAUCCAAUCUUAAUAUCAAACGCAGUCCAGAUUUUUCUCGGCAUAGACCUUGGGGAGAUAUUAUGUCGACUUUUAUUCGAUACAAAUGGGAAUGUCUUCAAAGUAUAGUGGACUAUAGCAAAAUGGUUUUGAUACACAAUCCAAAGAUAGAAACAUUUGAUCCUGAAGCUUUAUACACAGCAGGUGUGGAACAAUUGGACAGCGCAUCAGAUUUGUGUUCAGAAGCAAUCAUCGGUUGUAUUACAUCUCUUCUUGGUAUGACGUCUUGGGAAAAGCAACCUGAUUCGGUGAUGACCUGUGUGGACUCUACUUUAGCUAUACUCAAGGAAUAUAUAAAUAGUUCCAAAUCAUUCAGUGUACUGAUCAGGUCACUUAUGCAUAUGGUACUCCAACCAAAUUUAUUAUCUACUCCAAACUUGAAUCAAGAUGAUGGACCGUUGAAAAAGGCUUUUCACAGUAUUAUCGAACUAGGGGAAUGGAAACCAUUAAUUGUCGGUGAGGGUGCACUUUUACUCCAUGAUUUCUGGGCAACUUUUACUCCCGAAUCCAAUGAAUCUAUGCUUUCUUACGUCAAGGAAAUUGCUUCACUCUUGGUCUUUGGUCCUGUACGUGAUCGUAAUGAUCAACGAUUGGAAGCUAGCCUGGCAUUGAAACUACAAUAUGCUGAUGAUCUUGCAGUAGCUGAAGGGACCGCACAAAUGACGUUCAACCAAAAUGAUUACUAUGUCCGGGUGCUAAUGAAUGAUUUGAUUAUACGACUUGACGACACAAAUAGUCAGCACAUUGAAUUUGCUCAUCAACUUAUGGGACACUUGAUGGAAAUUAAUGACAAGCCAGAGUUAUAUGAAGCUGUGUUUAACAAUACACCUUUACAUCGUUUCAAGAUUCGAUCAUGGUGCACUAUUCUUUUAACAAGUCGAUUUAUACAAAGUGACAAGGCAGGAUAUUACAUGGAACGUAUUCUUGGACUAAUGCAAAAGGAAACUAAUAUAUCCGUUCGAUCCUACAUGGAGUGGACAGUAACCCGAUUACUUCUUCAAUUCCCAGAACAUUUGCCUUUGAUAUACAAGCAACUUCAAAUACCAGACGCAAAAGCAUCAUAUAUGAUCUCAGUAAUGACAGUGACCUUCUUUCUUGGUGAAAAAUUGCCAACACAACAAGCUUCAGAUUAUUUUACCAAGAUUUUCCCAUUGUUAGCUCCAUGGAUGAUCCCCAAUCAUUUCAAUAUUCGACUAUAUGCACUUUGCUCUUGGGAAAGAAAUUGGAAUGCUUAUAAAAAACGUGAAUUGGAUCUUGGUCUUGAAAAGAACCCUUAUGUGCCGGCAAUGACAGGGUUUAUUCAACAGAAUGGCGAUUGCAAAAAGAUGGCAGACAAGAUCAAAUCUCAAUAUUAUUUGGCUCGAUUUGACCCUGUUCAAGAUUACAAUAUUGAAUAUAUCUUCCGGGAAAACCUGCAUGUCUUUGAUAUCCUCGAAAAUGAGCGAAUUGGAUCAAAAUCUUUUGUACGUGUCAAUUCGAAACCUGUGCCAACAUGUCCAUUUGUCAAUCCAGACCGCAAUUUUAUUUAUUCUGCUGCUGAUCCAUCCGAAUUGGUAGGUCAUUUUGAAGAUGAUGGUACGAUAACAAACACACAAGACAAUGGAACAGCACAACAGGACUCGUAUCAAAAGAAAAUUAUGCCCUGGGAAAUGAUGUUGGAAACUGAUAUUGAUCUAACCAAGGCUUUAGUGAAGGAGAAGCGUCGACGAAACGAUAUCAUUGUUGUUGCAAGCUUGAUCGAUCGCUUACCGAACAUUGCUGGAUUAUGUCGUACCUGUGAAAUUUUUAAUGCUUCCCAAUUAGCUGUGCAUAGUUUGAAGAUUAAGGACGACCCAUCAUUUACUACAAUCAGUGUUUCAUCAGAGAAAUGGAUGCCAAUGAUUGAAGUGCAAGUACCAGAUCUUGGAGAAUAUCUACAAAAGAAGAAGGACGAAGGGUAUAUGUUAUGUGGACUGGAACAAACAACCAAGAGUGCCAAACUAGGUGAAUACGAAUUCCCUGAAAAAUGUGUUCUUCUUUUAGGGAAAGAAAGAGAAGGCAUACCUGCCGAUUUACUACAACUUUUGGAUCAAGCGAUUGAAAUUCCUCAAUAUGGUGUGACCCGAUCUCUCAAUGUUCAUGUCAGUGGUUCUCUCUUCCUCUAUGAAUAUACCAAACAAAUUCAAUGGCGACAACAAUCCAUAACUCAUCAACAAUAAAAAAAAAAAAGGAAUCAUUCUGUAUUAGUAUAGUAUUAUUGUUGUUAUUUAUCUAUCCAAAAAAAGAAAGGAAUAGAAACCUUAUAUAGUUUGUGAUUCAUGUUUUUUUUAGUCUAUAUAAUUCUCUUUUAUCAAAUAAACCUUCACUUUAUUUAUCAUAGUCU